AUGUUGAGCCGCUCCUCGAAGAGAGCUUUCACUGUUACUCGUGCUGUGCUACAGUCAGGUGUCUUUCCUGCUAGGAAAAAUACCGCCACUAGUCUCACCAAGGAAGAAUUACAGCACAAUCCAAACGCUCUUCAGGCACCUAAUAGAACACAAACCUGGACUCCUAGUCAAAAACCCAAGGACGAUGUCAUUGCAGAGAAUGCCGUAAGAUUCGUUCAAAGAGAUUUAAGCGAUCAGCCUCAACCUUAUGCUGCCAUAAACUUGAUAGCUCAGGAACCUAUUAGAUUCAUAGAGCAUGGGAAUAUCGCUGUUUGUGAUGGUAAUAAAGGAUCAACGUUGCAGGGACACCCUAAGGUCUUCAUUAACUUGGACCAGCCUAAGGCAGCUACUUGUGGCUACUGCGGCUUGAGAUACGCUAAAGAAGAGUACAAAGACUUGAUUCAGAGCAAUGAAAACUAA